GAUUCCCCUUCCGUUGUGAGUUUAUGGUUUAUCCUUUGUUUAUUAUUGAUUUUGUUGGAUAUAAAACUGGCGCUGGCGACCUGUCGUGUCGGUUUACUGCUUGGCGGAUGCCGACAGUUAUUCGCGAUCUUUCACAUGCCCGAAACGACAAUAAGAAAAUUUACAGUUGGAAUGGCGUGCUAUGGGGACAACGAUGGCGUUGAAGAGAACAAUCUUACACAUUUGCGCCACCCUUAUUGUGGGACAGAUGAUACAUUUUUAGAACAUCAUUUGGAAUCGUCGGAUCCCAUAAAACAGUUUGCAGUUUGGAUGAACGAAGCUAUUGCCCACAAAGGAGUAAUAGAAGCUAAUGCCAUGUCAUUAUCUACUGUAAGUAGUGAUGGAAAACCUAGUUCUAGAAUGGUUUUAUUAAAAGGAUUUAAUAAAGAUGGUUUUAAAUUUUACACAAACUAUAAUAGCCGAAAAGCCAAUGAGAUGGCAACAAAUGCAAAUGUUGCUUUAAUGUUUUAUUGGAACACAAUGCAUCGAUCUAUUAGAAUCGAAGGUAAAGCCACGAAAAUAGAAACAUCAAAUAGUACUGAAUAUUUUUCCACAAGACCUAGAAAAAGCCAAAUUGCUGCACAUGUGAGCAUCAAGCAGAGCUAUCCAAUUGAAAGUAGAGACAAACUGCUUGAGGUGGAAAAGGAUAUUGAAAAACGAUAUAAAGGUGUUGAUGUACCAAAGCCUGAAUAUUGGGGAGGAUACAUUGUAAAGCCAGAAAGUAUCGAAUUUUGGCAAGGGCAAUCAAAUCGAAUGCAUGAUCGACUAAGAUUUCGAAAAAGGGAAUCUAAUGAAAAUGUAACUACAAAUCCUUGUCUAAGAGAAGGUGAAAAUGGUUGGGUAUAUGAAAGGUUGAUGCCCUGAGUUUCACAUUUCAUUUACAAACACAGAUGGCAUAACAUUCUGACUUUAACAAAGGCAUAUAUAGAUAUUAUAUUCCACUAUGUAAAGAUAACUGUGAAAAUUUUUAGCUCUUUUCUUUGAUUUCUUUAUUUUGUCUUAGUGUUUGCGGAGUCAGAGCUAUUAUUUCGACUAAUGAUCCAGUGGUUGUCAACCUUUUUUUUUUGUGGCGCACUUUGUUGCACAAAAAAUUCGGUGAUAUCAAGGUUGCAAAUAUAGACAGACACUUCCACUUUUAUAAUUAAAAUAAGAAUUCCAUUCAGUAGCAGAAACAGCAUCAUCAUUCAUUGUUACUACAAUCAAAGUUUUAACUAAUCUAUCAAUAACUUCAGCAAUUUAUAAUCAAUAGAUUUGUGGCCAACCCGUAGGUUUCUUUGUGGACUGACCAUUUUUGCUUGACUCCGACCAUCUUGACCCCGUUUUAUUAUGUGAUUCUUUCUUCUGCUGAGAUCGGACAUACUCUUGUUUCUCUGUGUUAUUUCUGUUUAAAUCCAUUCCGUUCUGCUGGGAGAUGAAGUUCUUUACUGGCGCGACCAUAUUAUCUAACCUAUUUUACUGCUGUGAUAAUUUGCCACAGAAUAUUUGUUUGCCACCGCUCAUUAUUAAUAAACAUGUUUCCUAUGACUAAAACUUGUGAGACUGUUAAAACAGGCCAAGACUUAUCCAAUCCAAUCAACUUCAAGUGCCAACUUAUUUUUAGGUAGCACUUGUAGAAAUCAGCUAAUGAAAUUAUUAUUACUCAUAUAGGCUACUCUUGUUCUUGUUAUGAGCUUUUAUGCAAUAUCUGAUGGCUGAAAACAUUAGAAUGAUUUUAUCACUUUUAACUUUAUUUUUGUCUAUAUAUAUUACGAUUGUUGGUGAAUGGGAGCAAACGUUAAACAAUCUGUUUUGUAUAUCAAAUCUCAAAAUGAAUUUAUUUAUGCCCCACCUAGAAAUGUAUCAAUAUCAUAAAUUUUAUCCAAUUUAAAGAAAAUUGCCCACCCUCAGGAGGUUUAUAUUGUAUAAAUGUGAUUGAAAAUCUGAGGGACGACGUUUUUGUAUACUUUUUGCGCCAUUCAUACAUUUCUUUCUUAAACUGCUGAUAUUAUGCAAUCAAAGUUAUUGGAACAUUAAAUUAAAUUUCUCUUGUGUAACGAAUCACAUUGUCAAACUUAACAUUGCAAUGAAAUUUUAAAAUCUGAUCUCUGUUACUGAUUCAAUAAUACAUGUUACAACAGCAA